GAGCGCGUGCAGCACAUGGAGGUGCCCCCCGCCACGCCCGAGGCGUACUACGUGCCCACCGGCAGGGAGGUGCAGCCGCAGCCCGUGGGCGAGGAGGUGGGCCAGGUGGUGUUCCAGUACUACCCCGUCAGCGCCGUCAACUACUUCAGCCGGUCCAGCGUGGGCGGCAGCCGCAUCCUGACGCCGGCCUGGCCGCCGGACCUGCGGCCGGACGACCUGCGCUUCGAGUCGCGCUUCGAGUCCGGCAACCUGGCCAAGGUGGUGCGCAUCACGGAGACGUACUACGAGCUGUACCUGCGCACCGACCUGUACACCAACCGCCACAUGCAGUGGUUCUACUUCCGCGUGGAGAACAUGCGCCGCCGCGCCGUGUACCGCUUCUCCAUCGUCAACCUGUCCAAGGCCGAGAGCCUGUACUCGUGCGGCAUGCGGCCGCUGCUGUACUCGGAGCGCGACGCGCAGCUCAACCAGGCGGGGUGGCGGCGCUGCGGCGACAACAUCGCGUACUUCCGCAACGAGGAGGCGUCGCCCAGCGAGGAGCAGGCGCCCAGCUACACGCUCAGCUUCAACGUCGACUUCCCCCACGACAACGACACCUGCUACCUCGCCCACUGCUACCCCUACACCUACUCGGACCUGCAGGACUACCUGCUCAAGCUGCAGAACCACCCCGUCAAGUCCACGUUCAGCAAGCUGCGGCUGCUGUGCCGCUCGCUGGCCGGCAACAACGUGUACUACCUGACCAUCACCACGCCGCCGCCGCCGCCGCCCGCCGCCGCCGUCAACAACAACAACGUCAACAACAACUGCAACGGCGCCACGUGCGCCAACAACAACAACAACAACAACCCUCAGGGCAGCCCGACGCGCUGCGCCGCCUGCGCCGCGGCCACCCCCGCGCCGCCACCGCCUGAGGAGCCCAAGAAGAAGAAGGCCGUGGUGCUGACGGCGAGGGUGCACCCCGGAGAGACGCCGUCCUCGUGGAUGAUGAAGGGCUUCAUGGACUUCCUCACCGGCAACAGCAACCAGGCCAAGGAGCUGCGCGACAAGUUCAUCUUCAAGCUGGUGCCCAUGCUGAACCCGGACGGCGUCAUCGUGGGCAACAACCGCUGCUCGCUGACGGGCCGCGACCUCAACCGCCAGUACCGCACCGUCAUCCGGGAGACCUACCCGCCGGUCUGGCACACCAAGCUCAUGAUCCGCAGGUUGAUGGAGGAGUGCGGGGUGGUCAUGUACUGCGACCUGCACGCGCACUCCCGCAAGCACAACAUCUUCAUCUACGGCUGCGAGAACAAGCGCGGGCCCGACAAGCAGCUGCAGGAGCAGGUCUUCCCCCUGAUGCUGCACAAGAACGCCGCCGACAAGUUUUCGUUCGAGAACUGCAAGUUUCGCAUCCAGCGCUCCAAGGAGGGCACGGGGCGCGUGGUGGUGUGGAUGAUGGGCGUGGCCAACAGCUACACCAUGGAGGCCUCCUUCGGCGGCUCCACGCUCGGCUCCAGGGCCGCCACGCACUUCUCGGCGCAGGACUUCGAGAACAUGGGCCGCGCCUUCUGCGAGACGCUGCUCGAUUUCUGCGACCAGGACCCCAGCAAGGAGAGGCUUCGGAACAAGAUCAUCAGCCGCCUGGUGAAGGAGGGGUCCAGCGCGGACGAGCCCACCAACAUCAUCCUGUCCGACUACUCCAGCGACGAGGGUGACACCAGCAGCAGCUCGGAGGACGAGGCCAACAUGACGGAGGGCGCGACGGAGGCCCCCAACGCGCGGCCCAUGCGGGGCCUCGGGCUGCCCGCCGCCUGCUCCGGCCUCUGCCACGGUCUCUGCCACGGCCUGGGCGAGCCCUGCCCCGUGCCGCCGCCCUCGCCCAGCUUGCCGCGCCGGAAGCCCGCCGCGGAGGGCGGCACCGGGUCGCCCAAGCGGGGCGAACGGGCCGACAGGACGCCGCCGAUGCCCCGCAAGACGCUGCACGUGCACACCACCCUCCUGGACCUGCCGGGCUGCGACGCCGCCGAGGCCAACACCGCCACCACGACGCCGGAGCUGCAGUCCAGCGCGGAGACGUCCCCCAGCAGGCAGCAGGCCACCGCGCGGCAGCGCGCCAGCACCAGCCCGGAUGACGGCGCGCAGAGAGCGAGCGAGAGGGUGGACAUGCCUCCCGAACUGAUCGUGACCCCAGCGCACCGCCGCAGGGGGCGCGGCCGGCACGGCUCUACCCGCGACCUCCGCGACGGCGACACCUCGCUGGCGGCCAGCACGGCCCUGACGGCGCAGGACGGCGGCAGGGACGCCACCUCCACGGACACCUCCACGUCGCCCAGCGUGGUGCACCGGCGCCGCAGUCUGUCCGUCCUCGCCGACGUGAGCAGCGCGCUGCGGGGCGGGCCGUCGGGGGCCGCGCGCCCCGCCUCGCAGCACGGCCGCAGCCUGCCCAACGCCAGGCGGAGGCACGGCUCGGCGCGGCGGCCGGGGACGAAGCGCGCGUCGACGCCCACCCCGACGCCGGUGCCGCAGGACGGCGGCCCGUCUGACGGCCAGGGUGCCACGUCCCCGACGUCCCCGCUGCCGGCGCGGGGCGCGCUCGAGUCGCUGUCGCUGGGCCGCGUGUGGCUGGGCACGCCGUGCCAGCAGUGCCAGCAGUGCGACGUGGAGUGCCGCGAGGCCUGCAACAACUACACCGCCAACGUGCCCCUGGCCUGGGGGCCGCCCCCCGGGCCGCCCGCCCUGCAGCACGACCAGCAGGAGGUGCUGCGGUCCUGCUCGCAGAAGCUGUCCGCGCUGUCGGCGCUGCAGCGGCCCAGGGACGCGGACAGGGACGCAGAGGGCCGCUCGUCGAGGCGGCGCCGCUCCAAGGCGUCCCUGGCGACGCCGGCGACCGCCGCCACCACACCGUCGAGGAAGUCGAGCGGCGCCUGGCUGCAGCGGCCGAGCGGGCCCAACGCGCGCGCGGUGGCCGGCGCGGCGCAGGGCUCCACGGUCGCGGCCGCCGCGGCGCGGGGGUCCCUGUCCGGUCUCCGCGGCCAGCCCGGCCAGCACGGCGGCGCGGGGACCUCCAUGGAGGACGAGCCGGAGGCCGAGGCGUCCGACGCCGGCAGGACGCACUGGCGUCGCGGACAGCUCCGGUUGCGACGCCAGAAGCGGCAGGACGCGGCGGGGGCGGUCCAAGUCCAAGGCGGCCAGGGCGCGGCGCGCGUGGUGGAGGAGGCCGUCGGCGUGCUCGGGGCGCAGCAGGGGCGCCGCGCCAAGGCCAAGCAGGCCGGCACACUGCCCGCGCCCUCGUCCGCCCUGGGCCCAGCAGGCCUCGGCCCCGCCGACAUCGAGGCCCUGUCGCUGUCGCGGAGGGCGCGCUUCCGGAGGGGCGCCGCUCUGGCCAACCCCGGCCCCUUGGGCUCCGCGGCCCCCUUGGCCGCGGACGGCGGCCUGCAAGAGCCAGGCCCUGCCUCGGACGACCCAGCCAUCGACGCCGAGCUCGCCAAAGUCAAGAAGAAGAAGAAGAGGAAGCUGGGGCUGCCCAAGAGGGUGAAGCGCGUUCUGUCAGCGACGGCUGCCAUCACCAACAAGACUUCAGAAAAGCCGAGAUGAGCCGCUUGUUUCAGACUAGUCUAGAGCAAAUGUAUUUGUUGAUGUAGAAGUUUCAGCCAAAACUGCAUUUUUGACGAGAAAAAUCAGGUUUGAAUGGGGUAGAUUUUGUAGUGCAUGCGAUAAGGACAAUACAAAUUUACUGUGAACAAAUUUAAUUGUGAUU